AAAUGAAGAAUUUGUUACUCAGCACUGAAGAUAGACUUAACACCGUCAAUGGAAGUAGGUGACCCUCUAGAGAGGCUCCUCUCAAAGAAAUAAGGUAUGCUUGCGGCUUUAGGUUUGUUUUCUUUUCGGAAUUUUUGGGAAUAAAGAAGCUACUUAAUGAAGAAGGCAAAAUUAGCACUACAAAAACUGUGAAUCCUCUCUUUGAGAUUUUGUAUCGGUAUUUUGAGGAUAAUUUGUUAGCAUGCUCAUCCUUUGGAGCUAUCUUUUCUCCUCUCUUUGGUGGAAAUUUGAACAUCUCCCAGAAUAUGAAUUCUUAUAGAAAAAUCCUGAAGCCCUCUUUUAAUCAACUUAAAGAGCUUUCCCAACUUGAAUGAAGCAAUGGAAAUUUUACUCAUCUGCCAAUGAGGUUUUCCAAAGACGCAGAGAGCUCCCAAAGAGAGUUCUACUUAGAAUUAGCCAAGAAUUACCAAGAAAUCCCAAUGGAAAAAGACCUCUACCUGAACUUUGUCCAUGCUAAAUCUGAAGAAUCAGAGAAGUGUUUCAAACACUUUCUUAGGAAUUAUGACAUUGAGAAGAUUAAAUUUGAAAGAGCCCUCCAAAGCUUCACUACUGGCAGAAAGAUAAGACGCCAUGAAAAUACUGAUAAAUAAGAUCAAUACUGAAAUUGAGAACUCCAUUCAGGGCUUGUGCUUUCGAAAGCCGAAGAAAAGUAUUUUUCAUCCCUCUGGGAAUGUCAGUAUAAGAGCCCAAACAAGACUCUUGAGGUUGAACUCAAAGAAAUCACCCGCUUCAAGGAAAAUACCUACUUGCUUCACACCUCCUCCACUCGAAAGAAGAGAUGUAGUCUUUAGUUCUACAGAUCUUCGGAAAAGAACAAAUGAGUACUAUAAGAAUUUCGCCAAAUUAACUCUUGAAAAUGACCAGGCAAGAGAACUAAGGAAAAAGAGAAGACACCUGAGCGUAGAUAAAUCAGAGCGAAAUACUCGAAAUUUUAAAAAGGCAAUCUCCUUUAUUCCGUCAGAGGUCCAAAAACCUAUCUCUCUUGGAGACUCCUUAAUAAAAAUCACACCACACAAGCAAAAGACUAAAAAGACCAUUAAAAUGAAGAGGAUUACAUUUAAAUAAACCUCAAAGGAAAAAGAUUGAAUAUAAACGCCCAGGAUAUCAUAAAGAAAAGAGAUAUCCAGUGUUAAAGGAACUUUUUGAUAUUCUGGAUAGCCUUCAGGAGAAGGCUGUCCCAAAAAGAUUGGCUACGGUGAAAGAGAGGAGGUCAAAAUAUAGUAGUACCUGAAGACCCAAGAAGUAUCGGUGUAAGAAAGGAUCCGGGAGGAUGGUUCCAAGGUCAAGAAAUACUAAAUUGAGCUUUAUCAAGAGUGAUUCAUUGAUUCGUGAAAGGAAUAUUUUCACUGCAAGUAAAGUAUGAAGCAGUAGAAUGAGAGUAAAAAGUCCUGAGACAACCAGUACCAAUUUUGAGUCUAACCUGUAAAUCUAAGCUCCUUAUUCUGCAUUGUUAAUAAGUUCAAAAUAAUA